AUCAGCAACGAGUUAGGCUUCACCACACUCGUCAACUCCAGCAAAGAUGUCCACAUCCUGCUCACGACCAGGUUCAUCCGAAUGUUCGCAUACGGCUCAAGCACUCUGAUUCUGGCUCUCUACUUCGCCAGUCUAGGCCAUAGCGACACCAAGAUCGGUCUCUUCAUGACACUGACACUCGUCGGAGACGUCCUCAUCUCCCUCGCCCUAACACUAGUAGCAGACACUCUAGGCCGUCGUCGAAUUCUGCUUGUAGGAGCAGCUCUAAUGAUGUUCUCCGGAAUCAUCUUCGCCACAUUCUCCAAUUACUGGUUCCUACUCUUCGCAGCGAUCGUGGGCGUUAUCUCUCCCAGUGGAAACGAAAUCGGACCUUUCCGUGCCGUGGAAGAGUCCACGCUCGCACAUCUAAGCGAGGCGAACACGAGAUCAGAUAUCUUUGCUUUGUACGUUGUAGCUGGGACUUUAGGCGCUGCAUCCGGUAGUCUGGGCGCAGGAUGGCUUACGCAGAGUGUGCAAAGUCGGGGAUGGAGUGAGGUUGCGAGUUACAGAUUGGUUUUCUGGGUUUAUGCGAUCAUUGGAGCCGUGAAGGCUGGAAUGACGCUCUUGCUCAGUAAGAAUUGUGAGAUUGAGAAAUCUGAGCCUAGAGUGGACGCGGCCGAGGAGCAGCAGCCAUUCCUUGAAGGUGACGAUGCGGGAGAAGAAGAAGAAGAAGAAACCCCUCCGCCUAAACCUGAGCCACCGAAGAAGCCUCGCUGGUUCCAGCUGUCGAAGAAGUCGCAGAUCAUCCUUGCGAAGCUCUGCAGUCUAUUCGUUUUUGACUCGCUCGCGAGUGGAAUGGUUCCAGCAUCGAUGAUUGCAUACUAUGUCUCCCGCAAGUUUGGCAUUGAAGAGGGUACGCUUGGCACAAUCAUGGCAAGUGCGCAGUUUGUGUCGAGUAUGGGAAAUAUGCUCGCAAGCUCAGUGGCAAAACGAAUCGGGCUGAUACGAACAAUGGUCUUCACACAUCUACCGAGCGCAAUCUUUCUUGCUCUACUUCCGGUCCCAUCAUCACUUUUCAUGACCAUCGUGUUACUCGUUGCACGCUCGUCAUUGGCAUCUAUGGAUCAGGCACCCAGAAGUGCCUUUCUAUCCGCUGUCGUCCUGCCCGAGGAGCGGACCGCGGUUAUGGGUGUCGUCAAUACUGUCAAAACCACGAGUCAAAGUUCCGGGCCCUUGAUCACGGGCAUACUGGCUCAGGGCGGCCGCUUCUGGAUUUCGUUUGUAGUAGCUGGUGGCUUGAAGGCUUCCUAUGAUCUGGCAAUGCUUUCCAUGUUC